CUUUAUUUUUGUAAUCGCCCGUCUCCAGUGAGCUGUAUCCGGAAGUGUCCUGCAGCGCCACCGGUGGCGGGAGUGUAGCAUCACAUGCAGACCGAGGGGCGCAAAAGCUGCAGCAUGGAGGGCGGUGAGCGUAAGGAGCCGGAGCAGCUCAGGAAGCUGUUCAUCGGGGGACUCAGUUUUGAGACAACAGAGGACAGUCUUCGAGCUCACUUUGAGCAAUGGGGCAAACUCACUGACUGUGUGGUGAUGAGAGAUCCAGCUAACAAGCGCUCACGAGGUUUCGGCUUUGUGACGUAUUCCUGUGUAGCGGAGGUUGAUGCUGCGAUGGCAGCGAGGCCACACAAAGUGGACGGUCGAGUCGUUGAGCCCAAACGGGCCGUUUCCCGAGAGGACUCCAAUAAGCCUGGAGCCCAUCUGACGGUGAAAAAGAUCUUUGUGGGUGGAAUCAAGGAGGACACGGAGGAGUAUCAUAUCAGAGAGUACUUUGAGUGCUACGGGAAGAUUGAGACCAUCGAUAUAAUGGAGGAGCGUUCAACCGGGAAAAAGAGAGGAUUCUGCUUCGUCACCUUCGAUGAUCACGAUACUGUGGAUAAAAUUGUUGCACAAAAAUAUCACACGAUCAACUCCCAUAACUGUGAAGUGAGAAAAGCACUACCGAAGCAGGACAUGCAAGCCGUUUCUAAUCAGAGGUAUCGCGGUGGAGGUGGAGGCAAUCUCAUGGGCAGAGGAGGAGGAGGAGGAAACUUUGGAGGGGGCGACUUUGACCGAGGAGGGUAUGGAGGAGGAGGCCGCGGUGGCAGUGGAGGAGGAGACAGAUACAAUGGAUUUGGUGGUAAUUAUGGGGGGGGUCCUGGCUAUGGAGGUGGUCGUGGAGGUCCUGGAUACGGGAACCAAGGCGGAGGAGGCUUUGGAGGAUAUGACAACUACAAUGAUGGAGGGAAUUUUGGAGGUAACUUUGGUGGUGGUGGAGGAGGAGGAGGAAAUUACAACGAUUUUGGGAAUUACGCAGGACAACAGUCCAACUACGGCCCCAUGAAGGGAAAUAACUUUGGAGGAAGAAACUCAGGACCUUACGGAGGUGGGUAUGGCUCUGGGGGCGGCGGCGGCGGGGGCUACGGGUCCAGGAGGUAUUAACAGAUGGGUUCGUCUGUGAUGGAAAAACCAGCGCCUGAUCGACAGUAAGUGGAUGAAAGUCUUUUAUGACACGUUUUCAGCGGUGGUUCGGGAUGGGUAAGAUAAAUGUGUGCAAAAUAUAUGUGGAUUUGGUAAAGAUAUCCUCCUGCAGAGAUUCAGAAACCGCAUUAAACUCAAUUAUUGCACAUCGUGUGUUGCAUAAUCUCCCUAAAGCUGGCAUUUCCAGCUCUUAUUUCACCAUUCAGAACAAAUUAUUAAUGCUUAUAUUUAUAUUAGUGCUGUCAAAUGAUUCGUGAUUAAUGGCAUUCAAAAAUAAAAAAUAUGUAUGUGUAUAUUUAUUAUUAUGCAUAUAUAAAUACAUGCACAUACAGCAUAUAUUUUUAAAAUGUUUAAUAUACAAAUAUAACAGUUUUAUUUAAAUAUAUACAUGCAUGUGUCUAUAUUUAUAUAUACAUAAUAAAUAUACACAGUACACACAUAUAUAGUAUGUAAACAAACUUAUUUUGGAUGCUGUUAAUCAUUUGACAGCACUAAAUUAUAUUCAUUAUUUUACAUAUAUCUGUACUAAUUAUUUAUAUUUAAGAAUAUUUUUUUAUUUGUGGUGGAACAGAGUUUUGAUGAUAAUUAAGCACAAUUUCCCCGAUCUUCGUUACCAUUAUUAAAAAAAUGAUUAUCAUUACUGAAAUGUGGGAAAGAAUUAUAUUUGAAAUGAGUCAAUUAUUUAGACAUCAUAUUGUGCUGCCUUUAUGCUGAUUGUAAUCGCAUUACGAUUUUAAAAAGAUUUUUUAUUGAAAUUGUACAUAACACGGAUUUGAGGCAUGGCCAACAUUAGCAAAAUUUAAGUCCUGGUCACAAUUGCCAUUUUCCGGCAAAUUUUAGCUGGCGAAAUCCAGUAAUUUCAAUAGAAAUUAACUCGAUCUGAAAUUUGGCGUGAGGGCGAAAGAUUUCCCCACGCAGAUUUCACAACGGGUUCAGGUUGGUCGUGGAUUAGCUGCUGUGUCCAAACAGAAAUCUGCUUGGUUUGAACAAGACAUACAUCAUACAUCUCUAUAGACUAAUGAAAAUAGACAACGAAAUGUUUCUACUAUGAACACACCUUUAGGCGAAAUUUCACAAGCAACGAAAGUUUAUUGUUAAUAGCGUAACGUUGAAUGAAACAGCACUUUCCAAUCCAAGCAGCUUUAUAUUGGUCCAAGCAGAGAUUUUGUGUGUCAAAAGUAUAACAAAAUCAAAUCUGUUGUGCAAUCCACAUGAGGAACACGUCAAACGAGUGAAAUCCCAAUCUUGCAGAUUCCUGUUGAGAUGGCUGGAUUUUGUCGUACAAAGGUAAAUGUGUCAGAAGUAUUUAUAAUCUAAUGAAUCAUCAUUGAGAAUAAUGUGAAUUACAAAAGUAAGUAAAAAGUCUGGGCAUAUUAUGGUUAAACGAUUUUAGAUUUAAAAACUAAUUUAAAGAAUUUAGUGCCAGAUUUACUAACAGCAGUGCAAACCGUCUUGGGCAUUACAAUUGUAAGCUACCGUCAGGAUUUAGGCCUACUAAAUUAGCACAGACACGCUAAACCUUUUAUUCAAUAUGCAUUUACGGGAUUUUACCUAUCAGACAAAAUGGGAAUACAUAGGGAAAAAAAUGUAUGGGAGGAUAGUAUUAAAAUUGGUAUUUGCGCUAUUAUUUAAUGCCUCAAAAAAGAAAAGCUAUUUUGUGCCUGUGUCGUAAGUAGAUCACCAGACUCUGCUGUAUUUGCGACUGCGCUAAUUUGCACACUGCUUGGUAUAUUAAGUAUGUUAAUAUGUAAAUGAGAUGUUGCGUCAGUGUUCUUUAAUUUGCGCAUUGUUAGUAAAUCACACACAGAAAUUUCCUCACCCACCGGCACAGUUUUGAAUGGCGCUAAUUUGCCCUGUUUAGUAAAUCUGGCCCUAAAGGGGUAAAUUCCUGUAUAUUUACACAAAUUUUAUAGUCAUAAAACAUCACUUAUAAUGUCAGAAUGAAUAAGUGUGAUAGCGUUGCCAAAUGUUGAUUUUGUUUAAUAAAAACAUUUGAAAUCCCACAAGAAUGUUUAAUUUACUGUGUUUGUGUUGUUUCUGUGAGAGUGCAGGGCCUCUUCCUCUCAGGCAGUGCUUAUCUUACUCCAAAACCUGUCAUGGGGACUUUGUUCCCUUGACACUGAAUUAAGGUCACGAGCACUUGUAAAUGUUUAAGAUAAUGUUGUCCUAGAUAAGUCACAUGCUUUCACUCCAACGACUUAAAGCUGAAGAAAUCAAGCAUUUAGUCUACAACUCUUAACAUUUAGGGUAACGUUGCUCAUUAAUAUAACUGUGCCCUAGGUUGAGUCUAGUGACAGGAGAGAAUACAUGGCAGUUUAAUGCUAACAUAAGACUGAACAAAAGAAGCAUUCGGUGAGCCGUUUUCACUUGCUUUUUGUCAUGCAUUAAGCUUCAUAUAGUGAAAAAGAUCCUGCAUUGUGACGUGUAAAUGCAGAUCUGUGAACAGGUUGGCCCUGUUGGUGUAGCGUGACUUGCUGACAAUGGGGAGUUACUUUAGUGUGGAAAGAAGAGGGUUUGGUGUGUCCAAAGGUGGUGUGUGUGGGUGAAAGUGGCUGGCAGUGCAAACAACUCUCUUUACUGGUGUGCUUUGUCCAGCGGGGCUUUAAUGAAAGCAUGUCGAACAUUGGGCCGCAGCCAAACAAUUCAGCUUUGUUGCAUAACACCGGGAGACUGGGGCUGUUCGCUUGAAGAUUCAGUUGAAACUUGUUUGCGAAAGGGUUCACCCUCAGAGGCUUAUGAUUUGUUAAAUCUCAUGAAUUGGGGUAGAUUUUCUGAGCAUGAAAUUAUGGUGGAUUACCAAAAUAGAAAAUCUGGUUCCAAGAAAACUAACAAUUUGAGCCCAAAACCUCAAAUAAUGAAUGUUUUUUUCACAAUCAUGUUGUCAUGGUGUAUAAUAUAUAGUUGCUUCAACAAGGGUUUGGACUCUUAAACUACACUUUAUUUGUAUUCAUUUCAUUGCAUUAGGGGGGAAAAAUAUUAGACCAAGUUGUAUCUUCAAAUAAAUGCUUAUUUUUUUCUCUUUUUGGCCACAUA